AUGAUGGUGCGACGCAGCGGACGAUACACUGUUAACUGGCGAGGAUUUAAGGAUUUCGCAUUCGGAAAUAAACCCCCUGACGAAGAAAAGGAGGAAGAGAAACCUGAGGAGGACUUAGCAAAUCAUGAAGUUAUAUUUUUAAAAAGUAUUGUUGAGAGUCCAGACUUUGGAAGAAAGUAUGAGUCUAUCGAUUCGGAAGAGGAUUUGAUCGUAAAACCUGUCUCGUUGGGCAACGUAAACAUAAUACGGUCGCUGAGCGAGUACCGUGGCAACAAUAUACGAACUAUUGAACAAGCCGAACUAGCUAUUAUUGUGUCCAGGGCACACUUUAAGGCUUUAAUAGAUGCUCAUGACCAAAUAGGUGCAAUUUGGCUAGACCGAGGUUCUGGUAUUGAUGAGAAACCUGCCCUGCCGGAGACAGAAGGCAAUAAGGAUACAGCAGAAGGCUCUACGGAGGAGAACGGUGACAUGCCUGUGGAAACUGUCAAAGUUGUAGGCCUUAGGAAAGUGCCUGGACAACCUUUAGGUUUAACUGUAACGACUGAUGAGCAUGGCCAGCUCAUAGUAGCUAGGAUAUUAGCGGGCAGUGCCGCAGCAAAACAAGCUUUAGUGUCAGUAGGAGAUGUAUUGUUAGAAGUAGAUGGAGUUAACAUUAACUCUGAAGACCAGCUCAAGGAAGCCGUAGCGAAGCCCAAUGAUAGGAUCACACUUAAAGUUGGGCCCAACCUCAAAGAAAAGACUGCUCAGUUAUCUAAUAAGCUAAGUUGCUAUAUGAGAGCCCUGUUUGAUUAUGAACCCAAGGAAGACACAUUACUGCCAUGUAAAGAAAUUGGACUUGAGUUCAAGAGAGGCGAUAUUUUACAAGUAUCAGACCGGAAGGACCCUAACUGGUGGCAGGCAAGCCACGUUGAGAACCCUGACACAGUGGGACUGAUACCCUCGCCAGAGCUGGAGGAGAGACGCAAGGCGUACGUGGCGCCUGAAGCAGACUUCGUGCAUAAGAUCAGCAUUUGUGGCGCAAGGAUAUCAAAGAAGAAAAAGAAGUUCGUAUACGAGUCUCGUUCGAGCGUGCAACUAGAGGGCGCUGAACUCGCUCUGUACGAGGAAGUUGCGCGUACGCCGCCGUUCCUGCGUAGAGUGUUGGCGCUAGUGGGCACUAGGGGCGUUGGCCGCAGAACUAUCAAGAACCGCAUGAUCCAGGAACAUUCGGAUAGAUUUGGUGCUGUUGUGCCACACACAUCCCGCCCUCCCCGGCCAAUGGAAGAGAACGGUCAAUCGUAUUGGUUCGUGUCUCGCGAGGAGAUGGAACGCGACGCACACGCCGGCCGGUUCCUUGAGUAUGGGGAACAUAACGGACACUUGUAUGGUACUCAUUUAGACUCCAUUAGAGCUGUUAUGAAGGAAGGCAAAAUGUGCAUAUUGGACUGCGCACCACAAUCUCUGAAACUGCUUCACAAUAGCGGAGAGUUUCUCCCUUUCGUCGUCAUGAUAGCGGCUCCAGGAAUAGAACAGCUAAGGAACUUGACUUAUGCGUCCAAUCGUAAUCUGACGUUCGACAGGCAGAGCUCCAUUCGCUACAGUUCACGGCGCGCGCGUACCCUUGAGUCUCUUGCGUCGCUUUAUGAGGAAGAAGACAUGAAACAAACCCUAGAAGAGAGCGCCCGCAUACAACGACAGAACGAAAAGUACAUAGAUCUCGUUAUAACUAACAAUAAUAUCGAUACGACUUACUCUAAAAUCAAUGACGCCUUGCAUUCUCUGUCCACCGACCACCAGUGGGUACCAGUCAGUUGGAUUUACUAA